GCACAUCAUUUAACCUGUUGUAUUUCUUUUUCUAAUUUUUUUUUAUUACCAUUUAACUUGAACGCAGCAGCGAAAGCGACAACAGCCACAUCAACAUUGCAGGUUCAGUUAAUUCCACCACGUAAACGCGGUCGCCCCAAAACCAAGAUAGAUGAUCCAUCGCCCAAGCUCAAGUUGCUCGAUAAGCUCAAAGCCGCCACCAAGAACGAAAGCGCCAGCAAGCCAGCCGUCUAUGCAUCCACCACAAAGGGUGGCGUUAAGCUGGUGUACGAGGGGCAUCUGUUCAAGUUUUCGUUCCGCAAGGCUCAAUUUUCGGUCUUCCAAUGCUGCUUCCGCGAACACGGCGAAGAGUGCAAAGUGCGCGUAGUCUGCGACCAAAAGAACGUUUUUCCGUUCGAUGGAGAGCAUGUGCACUUCAUGCAAGCUAGCGACAAGAGCGUCACUUCAUCUCAAUUUACACCAGCCGAUGGAGCAAUCAGUGUUGUGACUACUGCUGCACCGAAAGAGGAACCAAAAGUUGAGAUCUUAGUGCAGAAUCCAAGUACUGACAUUGAUGUGGAGCUGGUGCCAGAAGAGGAGGAGGAGAGCGAAGUGUUUGAAAUCCAUGAAAUUGAGGAAUCCGUUGCAAUGGAAACAUCUGCCGCAGCAGAAGAAGAAGGCGACCAGAACGAAACUCCGCCAGCUCCAACUGCUGGCGAAAUGGAUCCAAAUGAUUUUCGCGAGAAGAUCAAGCGUCGCCUGCAGAAGGCACUGCAGAACAAGAAGAAAUAACGCUACCAGAGAAACUUCUGGAGAAUUCUUUAAUUGCAGACAAUAAUUCCCCAGAAUCCACUUACACCUUUUACAUUAUUUUCUACAUUUAUUAUCCCUAUUAUACUUAAUCACAAUUAUAUUUCUAACUGAAUCAAUUCUACUGUUUUUUGUAAUAAAUUUGAUGUCAAUAAAGUCUCUAUUCCAUAAUAAA